GAAAAUGUGUGUGAGAGAGAGAGAGAGAACAAGAGAGAGAGAGAGAGAGAGAGAGAGAGAGAGAGAGAGAGAGAGAGAGAGAGAGAGAGAGAGAGAGAGAGAGAGAGGGGGGGGGGGAGGGGGGGCAGAGAGAGAGAGGGAGAGAGGUAGUGUGAGAGAAAGAGAACGAGAUAGAGAGAGAGGAGAAAGAGAGAGAGAGCGAGAGAGAGAACGAGAGAGAGAGAGAGAGAGAGGGAGAGAGAGAGAGAGAGAGAGAGAGAGAGAGAGAGAGAGAGAGAGGGGGGAGAGGGGAGGGGGGAGGGGCAAAAAGAGAGAGGUAAUGAGAGAGCGAGAGCUGCCUUGCUGAGAUGGAUUCUGAAUGUUCCAAGGCAAA